AUGGACCGAGGGUCCGGUUCGGCAGAAGGCAGCGCCACGCGCUCGCUUCCAAACAGCUGCGGCAACUCAACAGCCCCCGCUAAAGCCUCCGGCCACCCCAGGGCCGUCCACGCCCGGCGGCUCUCCAAGCAGGCGCCUGCCCCGAGGCGGAGCCGAGCCGCGGGAGGAGGAGGAGGAGGAGGAAGAGGAGGAGGAGGCAGCAUGGCCGGGCAGGUGGGGCGGCGGGAGCUGCCGCCGGAGGGGCCGGGCGCGGGGCGGAGGCGGUGGCAGCAGCAGCCGCCUCCCGUGCAGCAUGCGGCCGCGGCGGCGCCUCCUUCCUCCCCCUGCCCGGCCGAGCAUCCCCCGGAGCGGUGGCAACGGCCCGCGAUGGAGCCCCGGGGGGAGGCGUCGGGGGCGGGGGUCUUGCAGCAGCGGCGGCGGCGGCGGCGGCGGCGGGUGGGCUGCUGGCGGCCGCCCCGGCGGCUCCCGCGGCGCCUGCUGGCCGCCGGCCUGACCUGCUGCACCGUGCUGGCCCUGUACGCCGCCAGCGGCCUGCAGGGCCUGCCUGCGCGGCGGCCCCGCGAGGAGGAGGAGGCGCCGCUGUCCGUGCUGCUCUGGUGGGAGCCCUUCGGCCGCCGCCGGCCGCUGGGCGACUGCCGCGCGCGCUACAACAUCAGCGGCUGCAGCCUCAGCACCAACCGCAGCCGCCUGCAGGGGGCGCACGCCGUGCUCUUCCACCACCGGGACCUGGUCCUGCACGGCCCCCAGCGGCUGCCCGCGGCCAGGACCCCCGCCCAGCGCUGGGUCUGGAUGAACUUCGAGUCCCCCUCCCACUCCCCGGGCCUGCGGGGCCUGGCCGGCCUCUUCAACUGGACCAUGACCUACCGGGUGGACUCGGACGUCUUCGUGCCCUACGGGUACCUGCGGGCCAGGGGCAGCCCGGCCCCCGUCGCCUUGCCCGCCAAGACCAAGCUGGCGGCCUGGGUCAUCAGCAACUGGAACGAGGAGCACGCCCGGGUCCGCUACUACCGGCAGCUGAAGCGGUACCUCCCCGUCGACGUCUACGGGGCCCGGGGCCUGGAGCUGGAGGACGGCAGCGUGGUCAAGACCGUCUCGGGGUACAAGUUCUACCUGGCCUUCGAGAACUCCCAGCACCCCGACUACAUCACGGAGAAGCUCUGGAGGAACGCCUUCCGGUCCAGGGCCGUGCCCGUCGUGUUGGGGCCCCCCAGGGCCAACUACGAGCUCUUCAUCCCCUCGGAUUCUUUCAUCCACGUGGACGACUUUGCCAGCCCGGCCCAGCUGGCCGUGUACUUGAAGUUCCUCGAUAAAAACAAGAACAGGUACAGGAGGUAUUUCGCCUGGCGGAAAAGAUACGACGUCCGGGUGCCUUCGUUCUGGGAUGAACACUGCUGUAGGGUUUGCGAAGCGAUCCGGGCCGCCGGCGACCAACGCAAGACCGUUCAGAAUCUGGCCAACUGGUUUGAGAGUUGA